AUGCCUUUCAAGAAAUUCAGGCCGAAGUUCUCCAUUUACCAAGUUUGCGUAACUAUACUCGAAGCGAGGCACUUGCCACAAAACGCGAACCCACUGGUCGUCGUUAAAGUCGGGAAUCGUAAGAGGAGGACAAUGGUACGCGAAAGGACCGAUAAUCCUAUCUACAACGAGUACUUCGUAUUCGAUUUCACAUGCAGCCUGGACGCUUUGCUCGGCACGAGAAUCAUGAUAGCGGUGUACUUGCGGAACUUUCUUCGACAACGAAAGUUUCACGGAAGCAUCUCCUUUGAAGUCGCAACGGUAUGGGAACAGCCAGACCGACAGUAUUAUCAUAAAUGGGCCGUGCUAACAGACCCAAAAGACCCGACGGCAGGCCCGAAAGGUUACGUCAAAUGCAACAUCACGGUGAACGUGAGAGGUGAGAAAGUUAAAGUGCAUCCCGAAACAGAGGGUGAAGAUGACAUCGAAGGGAAUCUGCUGUUACCUGUCGGAGGUGAAAGUCUGCCUUUCAGGCAGCGCGCACGAUACAUUUUUGUCGUUUACCGUGCUGACGGAUUACCAGACAUGAGCAGCUUAUGUAUCAAAAGCGAUUUCGAAAACAUUAAUCCUUACGUGCAAAUAUCAUUUGCCGGAAUGAAAAAAAACUUCUGGUCAACCGAGGAAUAUCUCCUGGUCGGCGUAUUGUAUGACGUGUGUAUGAUCGACCGUUCUCGAUUCGGAUCGAAAUCGAUCAGUUUCGAGUUGAGUGUGGGAAACGCGGGCAAUCAGCAAUUCCCGCAUAGCCAGUGUGCCGAGGACAAUAACGACGACCAAUCAGGAAACGAAUUGUGGGAAAAACAGCCGAACUUCGUAAGUCAAUCAGUCCCGCGAGCUACAGGCACCCUGGAUGGCAAGUAUAAUUACUUGCCUUUGGGCUCCAGGAAACCCUGUUUGUAUGUGAAAUCCUGGUGGCCAAAUUUGGAAUAUCGGAUGUAUAACAGCAAUAAUCUUCGAUAUAUCGCCGAUUUCCUGGAGACAAGGCUGGAGAAACUAGAAACUCUUAUAGCCAUAGAGUAUUCUGAGACCUUCGCGAUCUACAACGAGACGAUUCAUGCGUUGAAAGCUCACUGCGCGCGCUAUCUGCAAAUACUUGGUAGCGACAAGUACAACGAACGUGCAACCACUAAACUCGACCGCCAUCGUGCGAAUUUCUGUCGCAGAAAUAUCGAGGACAUACUCAAAAGGAUCAAGAGAAACGGUGAACUACCUAAUAACAAUUACAUGAGAAUCGCGAUGGUCCACGCGUAUCAGUACUUAAGGAAACUAAGAGACUUGUGCGAAGAGCCUCAGCACAGUCUGCCAGACGUCUUCGUCUGGAUGAUUGCUGGCUCGAAACGAGUUGCUUACUCGCGAUUACCCGCGCGGCAGAUUAUCUACUCCGAAGAAACUGUCGAAAUGGUCGAUAAGCGCGGCCGGCUAAUCAACCUCUUCCCCAGAAAUCCGGACGACGAAACUGAACCUGUCGAAUAUAGCGCCUGCAAAAUCGAGACCUUCCUCUGGCUGGGCAACGCGAAAUACGUCACCGCCUGUUGGAGCGCGAUUCCACCGGGAUACGAGGUCGAUCACGGAAGAAACGUCGAUACCUUCCCGAAGUACCUCGAGUACAAUCAGUCCUCGACGUUCCAGUUGCGAGCUCACAUAUUCCAAGGCCGCUUUAACCCCGGGGCGGACACUUUCGGCCUGCUGGAUCCGUUUAUCCGCGUUGCGUUUCGAGGAUACACGGCUACCACGCAAACAAUAAAACAAAGUUUACAUCCGUUUUGGGACCAGACGUUGAUUUUUCCUCCGAUUAUCUUGCACGGUACUAAGGAGUACAUUAAAUCGCUACCACCUGAAGUUGUUUUGCAGGUUUACGAUCAGGAUUUAUACACCACGAAGGAAUUUUGCGGCAGAUGCAUCGCGAUGCCAUUAGUGAAGCUCGAAACGGAAACAUACUCGCCGCCCGAUUUUCCACCGAAAUUGGAAUGGCACAAAUUUCAAUCGCAAAAUGAUUGCACCGGUUCCGUACUCGCCGCUUUCGAGCUGAUAGAAACUGAAAGCGAGGAGAAUGUGGAUAUUCCGAUGAACAUGUCAACGAAGGAUAGGAUUUACAGCAUCCCGCCGGACAUCAGACCGAAAAUGGCGAACCACAGGCUGGAGGUGGUCUUUUGGGGUGUCCGCGACAUGAGGAAGAUAAACUAUAUGCCAGUACUGAGGCCGAGAAUUAUAGUAGAGUGCACCGGGGUCCACGUGAAGUCGACAGUAAUUGAGGACGCCGCGAAAUUCAGCAACUUUCAAGAACCACACAUUAUGAUCGAGCUGGAAAUGGCAGAGCUCGACAUUUACUACCCGAGCAUCACUAUAAAGGCUUACGAAUCCCGCGGAUUCGGCUGCUUCAAGUAUGCAGGGGCCUGUACUAUCCCUAGUAUUCGCGUGUUCCUGGUGCAAUUAAUAACCGAGGAGGAUUAUAACGAGCAGAUAUACGAGUCGAAAUUUCUACAGAAAUUUCAGGCAGCGAAACAACAGCCGACAGCAAUGUUGCCCUUACCGACAGAUUAUAGUUCUUCGAAAGAGGAGAGGAAAGGUCUAAUCGCAUAUAAGAGAAUGGCUGGAACAGACAUUCAUUCCAAAUUGAAAAGAUUACGUGCAAUGAUAAAGUGGAUAUUGAAAUUCGAUUUCCUUACCAAGAGGAAGAAAGUAGAAAUACAGAGGGAUAGUGAUGACGAGACUCUCGAUUGGUGGAGUAAAUAUUUCGCUUCUCUUCAGGGACACAUUUCUGUAUACCGAUGGCCGCACCCUGACAACCUUCCAUGCAAAACGAAAAGCGGGAGAGACGCGGCUAAUGGCCUGUGUAACGAUUAUCCACCUCAAGAGUCUGUUAAGCUCCUCGUUAGACUCUACGUUGUAAAGGGCAUCAACUUACAACCUAAGGAUCCCCUCACCGGUAAAUCUGACCCGUACCUCUGCGUGAAGUUGGGAAAAAAUUCUAUAAGCGACAGGAAGAAUUAUAUAGCCAAUCAAUUGAACCCCACGUUCGGCCGGUAAGGUCUACAAAAAGCCGCUCUUUUCCCGCAAAAUUUUCGAGUUAAGAAUAACAAAAACUGAAUUCUAAGUGAAGACAAGAUAAAUUAUCGCGAGCAUCCCUGAGCAAUCGCUCUAUUGUCCGGCAGCAUGUUCGAGAUCGAAGCGAGUUUCCCGCGAGAUUACAUGCUGGUGAUCCAAGUGUGGGACUACGACGUGACGACAGCCGACGAUUUGGUGGGCGAGACGCGAAUUGACAUCGAGAAUCGAUUUUACAGUCGGCACCGGGCGCACUGCGGAAUCGCAGACGUUUACAGCAGCGUAGGUUAUAACUCCUGGCGGGAUCGCGAGAGGCCGACGCAGAUUUUGGAAUUUCUUUGUAAAACGAACAACCUGCCGUCGCCGGAAUACCGCGAGCACGAAGUUAGGAUCGGCAAACAAACUUUCCCCUUUCAAACCGUGAUCGAAUUAGACGAAGACGAAGUCGACAGAAAAGAAUGCAUGGCUCUGAACGUGCUUCAUCGCUGGCAAGAUUUUCCCAUCUGUGGAUGCGCAUUGGUGCCGGAGCACGUUGAGAGACGACCGCUUUUCAACGCCAAGAGGCCCGGCCUCGAACAGGGCAAACUGGAGUUGUGGAUCGACAUGUUUCGAAUCGGACAAUUGCCGCCAAAACCGGCAGUCGAUAUCACUCCUCAGACACCGGAGGAAUAUGAGAUUCGCGUGAUUAUAUGGAAUACCGAGGACGUGCCUCUGGUCGAGAGUCAAUUUCUUACUGGCGAAAAGUGUUCUGACAUUUACGUCAAAGGAUGGAUCCUGUACGAGGACUAUCAGAAAACCGACAUCCACUAUAAUUCGUUGAACGGCGAGGGUAAUUUCAAUUGGAGAUUCGUGUUUCGCGUCACGUAUUCGAAGGGCGAGAACGCCAUGAUAGUCCGUAGGAAAAUGUCGGUAUUUGCCAAAAAUGAAACGGAGGAGAAGUUACCUUGCAAACUUCGCCUACAAGUCUGGGAUAGCGAUCAUUUUUCGUCGGACGAUUUUCUAGGAGAAUUGACAUUGAACCUGUCGAGAAUGCCGCGGGGUAGUUCGGUUCCCAAAAAGUGUACACUGAAAUUGCUCGAACCGCAAUUACCUACAGUGAAUCUGUUCAAAAUUACACGAACUAGAGCUUGGUGGCCUUUCGCGCGCAGCAUUAAUGCCAGAAAGUAUAUUCAAGCGGGUAAAAUCGAGCUGGAAAUAUCUGUUUUACGAGCAGAAGAUGCAGACAAUCGACCAGCAGGCAGAGGCAGAGAUCCACCUCAAAAUCUUCCACCUCCAAGGCGACCUGAUACCUCUUUCUCUUGGUUUCGCAAUCCGUGGAGAGCAUUUUGCUUUAUUGUUUGUCGCUAUUAUAAAUGGCGAAUAGUGUGCUGCUUCAUAUGUGUCCUACUUGUAAUGCUAGUAGCGUGCGGGGUAUAUGCUUUUCCCGGAUAUUUUGUUAAACGACUUUUAGGCGCUUAA